AUGGGAAAACUUUCUGUGCGGUGUGAGUUUGUGGAGGGCUCCAGCAACAAAUUCUGGGAGUGUGUCCAAGAUGGAGUUUCUGUCACCUCAAGCCAUGGCAAGAUCGGAGGUGCUCCGACGCAGAUCACAAAGACCUUUCCCAGCGAAGCCAAGGCCAAGAACUUCUUCCACUCGCAACUGGAAUCAAAGCUAAAGAAAGGUUACACUGAAAGUGGCAAGGCCAAGACCAUCGGCAAGGGAUUUGGCAAAGCUCUGCCCAAGGCCGCUAGUAUUAUGAAAGUCGCUAUGAAAGCUGCGGUGAAGAAGACUGCCAUGAAAGCAACCAAGCCUAGUGGAGGUGGAAAGCUCAAAGGAAAGACUUUGUGCUUCACUGGUGCCCUGGCCAUCAAGCGCUCCGUCGCUACCACGCUGGCGAAGAAUCAUGGGGCCAAGGUCACUGGGACUGUUUCGAAAAACACGGAACCUUGGCUACGCAAAAAGACUACCUGA